GGAGUGAAAAAACUAUUCAAACUUAUUGAAUGUGGAAAUUAAGUGUUUAUAAGAGUAGUUUAAUGUUUCAUUGAAUGUAUAAAACUACUAAUACUCAAGCAGUUAGAUAUGGUUAAUCGUUGCUGUUAGUGUUAAAUUCUUGUUAAAAUGGAUUCCAGAUUCCCGAAGAGGAAUAGACGUGGGCAAUUUGAUGCCGGUCCAUCGUUCGUUCCUAGAAGUGAUCAAUUUUUCCAACCAUGUCCAUUUGUUCCGCAUUUUGGACGGGGAACUCCGAACAGGGACAACACAAGUGGUCAAACAAAAAGAAACAAUCAAUUCACAAGAUGGUAUGAUAAGGAUGGUAGACAACCCAAAAGAAAUUAUCAGCAAUUGUCAAGAUCAAAUUCUGUUUCAUCUGAAUCCUCCUCAGUGAGACUUAAUGAUGCAGGAAAAUCUAAAAACUAUACUUGUCCUAUGUGUAAACAUCCUUACAGCUUCAUCAUCACUAAUAAUACAUUAACAGGAAAUGUUCCAAGAAUACUACCAUGUAAGCAUACAGUGUGUGAAGAAUGCAUCAAUAAAUGCAUCAAAACAACAAAUCACAUUCAAUGUGUUAUAUGCUCAAAAACUGAAUUUGAAAAAAAGCAGUCGUAUGAAUUCAAUCACUAUGUGUUGGGACAAAUAACUUGUUCUAGAUUCAAUAACACCAUGAUAGAGUUUCCUAAUAUUGCUUUAACAGCAACAGAUGUAAAGAGUCGAACGAGUUUUGAAAAUCAGAAGUUAGCAGUGCAUCCUAGUGAGAAAUGUGGAUUUAAAAACUGUAAGAAUUCUGGAACAAUUUCUUGUAUCGACUGUUGUGGAGUAUAUUGUAAAUACUGUGAUGAUGCUUUACAUAAGAGUGGAAAGCAGCUACUGUCUCAUAAAAGAGUUCCAUUGAAAAAUGCUUCUUUGGAGCUGUGCAAAUGUCCAGAUCAUUCUAUGGAUCAAGAAUUAUAUUGUAACGAUUGCAAUGAAAGUUGCUGCUGUUACUGCAUUUUGGAAAAGCAUGAGGGCCAUUCCCGUAGUUACUUAGGUCGCCUCAAUGAGGCAGAAGAAGCAGAAUUAUUGGACGCAUAUGAAAAGGCUAAAAUAACAAGAAAACAACUCGCAGUAUCUCAGUCAAAAAUUUCUAAAAUGGAAGAAACCAAUGUGGUAUCUGACUUGGAGAUGGAGAUCGCUCAACAUUUUGUGGAUAUUCAUGCACAGCUUUAUUUCAUGGAGAAGAAACUUGUGCAAGAAGCAAAACUUUUUAAAAGCAGCAACUCCAAUUUGACAGGAUUGAACGAAGAUAUCGUAUCGAAAAUUGAAACCCUAGAUAAUUUGAUCAGUUGUGUGGAAGAACGUAAAUCAGUGAAGUUCAACAUGAGAAUGCUGUUGGAUAAGUUGAGGGAAAUGAAAAAUUUGCCAACAAUUUUAGUUGCCAGUGAAAUCCACGAAAAACCUAGAUUGGUAAUUGAUGAAAGGGUACAAGAAUUAGAAAAAUAUUUUAAGCUUGAUGUUCCUGAAGAAGUGACCUACAAACUGAUUGAAGUAGAUGAAUUACCUCUGGAAUAUCGGGAAGAGAACAUCGAGCUUGUGAGCAAAGAGAAAAAAAUUGAAUCCUCUAAGAGCAGAAGUUCAUUGGACUCAGAACCCAGUAGCAAUUCAAGGUUCAAAUUGAAUCAUCAGACAAAAAAUGAUAGAUUCAGACAACAGACUGUAUAUGUUACCCACAUAAAUUCUUUGGAUUCUUUUUAUGUCCAACAUAAAGAGGAUGAUAGUAAGUUCAAACAACUGGAGCAAGAAAUAAAGAAUCAUGUUAGUCGAAUGACAUUAGGAGUGAAUGAAGUACAGAUGAAGGAGUUGUAUUUGGCAAGAAGGGUAGGCAAUGAUAAUGCUUGGAGUCGGGUGAGAGUUAUGGAAAAGUUUGAUAUUGACAGGAAGGAGAAGUACAAAGUUAAAUUCAUAGAUUUUGGGAAUACUGAUUUGGUAACUAAGGAUGAAAUGAUGUAUAUAUCUUCUAGUCUUGCUAAGAAGAAACCAUUUGCUUUUGAGUGCAGACUGGACAAUCCAUCAAAUUUUAAAUGGCCCAAACAUACACAUUGGGAACUUGCAAAGUUGAUAGAUGUUAACAAAGAAUUACUUAUGUUCACUAAAGAAUUUUCUAACAAUAUAUGCACUGUUGAACUAAAUAUUAGCACUUCAAUUGGAGGUUCGUGUUCGGUUACUGACUUGCUAAUAUUUGGUUGUGAUGCCCUGAGAAAGGAUUCAAACAAAUCCCAACCUAUCAGAGAAACUCCUGUUCGGAACAAAAUUUAUGAUAAUAGUGACAUUUUCAUUGUGGGUAAUUCGUAUGAAGUAUUUAUUAGGUACAUUCUGGAUCCUUGGCAUAUUUAUGUGCAAAAAACCACUUAUGAAAAUUCAUUCAAUCAUUUGAUCAAACAAAUGGAGGGCUAUUAUAACAAGUCAAAUUGUGAUAUACACCUUCCCAUUAAAAACAGCUAUGUGGUCGUUUUCCAUCAAACUGAGAAUUUUGGCAAAUGGCACAGAGCAAAAAUUGUGGAUGUCUCUGAGGAGAAGAAGACGGCCAAUGUUUACCUAAUUGAUUUAGGAGAGCAUUUCGAGGUCUUAUGGAAAAACAUAAGAAAACUUUUUGAGCCUUUCAAAAAAUCUGAGUGUCUUGUUGUUUGCGCAAAAUUGGCCGAUGUUGCCCCCUUGAACAAUGAUAGCUGGAGCAAUUUGGCAGUCAUUAGGGAAUAUUUAGAGAGAUAUUUCAAAGGGAAAGUACGGAUGAAGAUGCUAGUGAGCAAUCAAGACCCCUUGGAAAUGGUGUUGUUCGAGCCACAACAAAAUUAUGAUAUAAAUAUAAAUGCAUCAUUAGUGGAAAUGAAUUUAGCUUCAUCAACAGGAAGAUUGACUGAAACAAAAAUAUGGCUCCUCAGUGAGGAAGAUGGUAUGAAUGAAGAAAAUAACAUUCUAUUCUUCAAGGAUGACUCUGAGGAUGAAGAGACUGAUAAUAUACAAGGUCUCAUACAACAAGUUGAAAUGAUACGGUUCGAGAAUCCAUUUUCAUUUUACGUCUCAUUUGUCUCUAAGAAAGCUGAUGCUGAAAAGCUUCAUGAAGAAUUACAGAUUCAUUAUAAAUCACAGAAACCCUCCAGUAUUGAGAAAAAGAACUGGCAGAAAAAUGAAAAGGUUGUAGUAUAUGAUAAAAGUGAUAAUAUGUAUUAUAGGGGCAUAAUACGUAAGGUCGAUGGAAACAAAUAUUGUGUCAAUUUUUUGGAUAAACCGAACUAUUUAUGGGUUGACUCCGAAAAACUGAGGCUCAUUGCCCCUUAUUUUGCGAAUAAUUUCCCAAAUUCAGUCUUUAAAUGUCAUCUGGCAAACAUCAAGCCAGCAGGGGAUAGUAGCAAAUGGAGUAAUUUAUCUUUAGAGUGGUUUCAACUAUUGUUCAAAAAACAUGACGAAAUUUUCAUGAAAAAAAUUGCAGAUGAUGAAUCCAAAUUGUCCAUGCCUGUAACUAUGUGGUAUUCGAAAUUGAUACAGGGUGCCGCGUUGGAGCCGUCCCAUCGUAAAUUCAUUUCAAUUGACAAGAAAGUUGUUAAAGUUGGAUUAGCAUUUUGGGUGAAUAACGAGAUUUCACGUAGUUUGUCGCCCAAAAAAGAAGAACCAUCUACCAGUACUCAACAUGAUCAGGAACAAACUGUUAUGAAUGAUGUAUGUGACACUAAAUUAUCUGAAACAGAAACAACGGAUUCGGAAGCGGCAUUUACACCCCUUAGGGACAGGAAAGUUAAAUCUGUCAAUAUUAAAGAAUGGAAGCAACCUUUGAAUUUCACAACGAAAGAAUUUUUCGCAUAUAUAACUUGUGCUGAAAACAAAGGAUAUCUCUUCAUUCGGGAAGAGAAGAUGCAGAAGUGUUAUGAGGAAAUGGAGAAAAACAUGAAGGAGUACUUUGAUACCAUUCCAAUUCCUUCCUUCACAAUGCGGGAAAAUCAAAUGGUGACAGUUCGUUCUGAUGGAAAUUGGUAUCGAAGCGUAAUCUUGAAAGUUAUCGAUAAAGUGACCGCUUUGAUACUGAUGGUGGACUUUGGUAGUGACCAUAUAGUGAAGGUAAAUGACCUACAUAACAAAAUUAUGUACCCUGAAAUACCAAUAAUGGUUUCAAAAAUAAAGUUGCAUGAUGUGCUCUCUAAAGAGGAAUCAUGGACAGAAUCAGAAAUUGAAACUCUGAUCAGCACAGCACCUGAAUAUGCAAAGAUUGUUAUAAGGAGCAGUUUAAGUGAUGCUGUUCCUCUUGCUGAUGUCUACAACGUCAAUGAUGUCUGCUAUAAUGACCUACUUGUAGAGUUAUGCCCAAAUUUAUAUAGAUCACAACAUAAUGUUACAGAAGAAUCCAAAAACUCGAAUCAUAUUAAGAGCACUGCUAACAGUGAGUAUAUUAAAAACAAUGAAUAUUGUGAUAGCCCAAGUACUGACAUACAACCGGAGCAAAACGAAGAGGCAGUUGAGGAAAUUGAAGAUGAGGUUGAAAAUGGAUCAGUAGAAAUUGAGGGAUACAGCACUGUUGAACGCGAGGAAAACAAUCAAGAGGGAUGUGUUGCCAAACGAUAUAACUAUGCUGAAUUCACAGAAGAAAUUACAGAAAUGGAUAUAAUUGCCGUUUAUGAUUAUAAAACAGUAUCUAUUUAUCAUCCUGAUACUCAAUCCCUAGAAGAAGACUUUGAAGCUUUAACCAAAACUAUCAGAGAUAAUAUUGAUAGUGUAGAAUAUCUCGAAAAUGAGAGCAUUGAAAUUGGACUACCUUGUUUAAGUCUGUUUGAAGAUGAUAAGCAGUGGUAUAGAGCCAAGAUACUUAGAGUAGAUGCGCAAGACUGUGGAUAUAUAACUGUGAUUUACGUUGAUUAUGGUAAUUUUGAAGUUGUGAAAAUUUCUGAUUUGAAAUGUAUAAAGCCAGAAUGGUUGGAUUUUCCUGCAAGAUUUGCAGAUGCCACAAUUGAUUAUAAAUUAUUGAGGACUGACCAAGAAAAUGUUCUCUCUAAGCACAUUCAGUCACUAGCUGGCGAGACUAAAUAUAUUAAAAUGGUUAAUGUUGACCCCCUACUGGUCCAUAUUUAUGAUAAGCACAGAGAUGAUUACUCAUUUUAUUAUGAUGUAUUUGUUACAAAUGGUAUUGUUGAAGUUUAAGAUUUAGGUUAUAUCUAUGUAUGUAUCCUCCAUUUUAUUUCGUUAAUUUUUUUACUAUUCAUAAGAAAAUUGAUUUCACUUUUUUUUAUUCAAUAUUUUUAGUUGUUUCCUCAUAAUUUGCGUUAAAUUAUGAACUGUUGUUCCUUCCAAAUUCCUCAUUUAUUGAUGAAUAAAAUGAUUUGUUUUUUCA